AGAGGGAAAAAAAAAAAAAAAAAAGCAGAGCAGAACAAGAUAGGGGAAAAUAAUAAUGGAAUUCUUAGAAAAGAAUAACAAUCAAAACGAAGGGAAAAAAAGAGGCGAUGGAUGCAGGCGGGCGAGAGCCAAAAGCAAGACAGACAGAGAGACACACACAAGACUCGAAUCGGAGCGGAAAAAGAAGAACGAUCGCUCUUUUGUUAACAAAUAUUAAUUGUGUGAAUCCUCCCGGUUUGGAUGCUGUUGUUACGGUCCAGAUUCUGUCUGAUCUUUGCUUUUGUCCUGCU